GCCCGCAUGUACAACAUGAUGGAGACGGAGCUGAAGCCGCCGGGCCCGCAGCAAACUUCGGGGGGCGGCGGCGGCGGCGGCGGCGGCGGCAACUCCACCGCGGCGGCGGCGGGCGGCAACCAGAAGAACAGCCCGGACCGCGUCAAGAGGCCCAUGAAUGCCUUCAUGGUGUGGUCCCGCGGGCAGCGGCGCAAGAUGGCCCAGGAGAACCCCAAGAUGCACAACUCGGAGAUCAGCAAGCGCCUGGGCGCCGAGUGGAAACUUUUGUCUGAGACGGAGAAGCGGCCAUUCAUCGACGAGGCCAAGCGGCUGCGAGCGCUGCACAUGAAAGAGCACCCGGAUUAUAAAUACCGGCCCCGGCGGAAAACCAAGACGCUCAUGAAGAAGGAUAAGUACACGCUGCCCGGCGGGCUGCUGGCCCCCGGCGGCAACAGCAUGGCGAGCGGGGUCGGGGUGGGCGCCGGCCUGGGUGCGGGCGUGAACCAGCGCAUGGACAGCUACGCGCACAUGAACGGCUGGAGCAACGGCAGCUACAGCAUGAUGCAGGACCAGCUGGGCUACCCUCAGCACCCGGGCCUCAACGCGCACGGCGCCGCGCAGAUGCAGCCCAUGCACCGCUACGAUGUCAGCGCCCUGCAGUAUAACUCCAUGACCAGCUCGCAGACCUACAUGAACGGCUCGCCCACCUACAGCAUGUCCUACUCGCAGCAAGGCACCCCUGGCAUGGCGCUUGGCUCCAUGGGUUCGGUGGUCAAGUCCGAGGCCAGUUCCAGCCCCCCUGUGGUUACCUCUUCCUCCCACUCCAGGGCGCCCUGCCAGGCCGGGGACCUCCGGGACAUGAUCAGCAUGUACCUCCCCGGCGCCGAGGUGCCGGAGCCUGCCGCCCCCAGCAGACUUCACAUGUCCCAGCACUACCAGAGCGGCCCGGUGCCCGGCACGGCCAUUAACGGCACACUGCCCCUCUCGCACAUGUGA